AAACUGCUAUUUUAUGUCCUGUAGUAGAUAUAGUGUGUCUGUGUGCACGAGCUUUUGGUUGCCAGUACACACAGCAUAGUUUUAGCGCUAUUUUUAUUUUAUUUGGCAGAGGGCGACUCUCUAAACUCAAUGCUCGUCGUGUGACGCUUCCUAAAGAGGCGGGUUCUAGCCAGUACUACGCUUGUUUCGAUUUCUCCUCUAUGCAACACAGGGAGCAAUGGGACCGGUCUCUUUAAAACACGUGAAACACACGAUAUGAUAGGCAACCCAUACGAAUACCAGGUACCAGGAAUAGAUCGCCGUCUAUUUAUUCCGUCGAUGUGCAGGCUGUACUUGUAAGAUUCUGAAAUAGAAUUUAGCCCAAUGUUAUAAUUACAAACAGGUUGUGUAACGGUUCAUUGAUUUUAUUACAUUCCAAAUGACUACAUUUCAACCGACACUUUCGUCAACUUUAGCAUCAACUUUAGCAUCACCUUCUAAAGUAGGUAACAUUCGCAGCGUGAGACUGGAGGCCCGUACUGCAUCCCCGCGCCCCACGCGCGGUGCGCUUAAAGGGGACCGCGGAAACGAAGCCACGCUCGCGCUUAAAUCUGCCGUGGAGAGCGCGGUGCACGAAGCUCGCGCGUCGCCGCCCAGAGAAGCGUGGAGUCGGCGCCUCGAAUUCGUCCUCGCGUCCGUUGGCUAUGCGGUGGGUCUCGGGAACGUAUGGAGGUUCCCGUACCUUUGUUACAGGAGCGGAGGAGGUGCCUUUCUCAUCCCCUACAUAAUCAUGCUCUUUCUAUGUGGUAUCCCGUUGCUUCUCAUGGAGUAUGCCAUAGGGCAGUACACUCGCUUGGGGCCAGUGCAUGGACUGGCUCAGAUCUGCCCCCUCCUGAAAGGGGUGGGUCUUGCUACUGUGGUCAUCUCUUUCAUGCUCGCCACCUACUAUAACGUUCUGAUGACCUGGGCCCUCUACUACCUAUUCCACUCUUUUGGCUCUCCAUUUCCAUGGCAAUCCUGCAACAACACGUGGAAUGCCGUCGGCAACUGCUCCACUGGGUUACCCAGCAACGCCUCUGACCUGAAGUCAGCCAGUCAGCAGUUUUUUGACCAUAAACUGCUGGAGAUGACAAACGGUAUUGAGGAGGUGGGGGGGAUUCGCUGGGAGCUGUUUGGUCUCCUGGUUCUGACCUGGAUCAUCACCUACCUCUGCAUCUUCAAAGGGGUCAAAUCCACAGGAAAGGUUGUGUAUUUCACUGCUACAUUCCCUUACUUCAUGCUGUUUGCGUUGCUCAUCAACAACGUCCAGCUGCCUGGAGCAAAGGACGGCAUCCUCUUCUUCCUCUUGCCUGAUUGGGGCAAGCUCCUGGAAGUGCAGGUGUGGGUUAAUGCAGCUGCACAGAUAUUUAACUCCAUCGGAAUAGCGUUUGGCUCCAUGAUAUCUAUGGCCAGUUACAACAAGUUCAGCAACAACAUCCUUAGAGACACCUUCAUUGUGUCCCUGUCAAACUCAGCUACCAGCAUCCUGGCUGGGUUUGUGAUCUUCUCUGGCAUUGGGUACAUGGCACAUAUUCAUAACCUGCCUGUAGAGGACAUAGCUACUGAUGGUCCUGGAUUAGUGUUUGUUGUGUAUCCAGAGGCCUUCUCCACAAUGCCUGUAUCGAAACUGUGGGCUCCUCUUUUCUUCUUUAUGUUGCUCUGCCUUGGCCUGGACAGUGAAUUUGCCAUGGUAGAAGUGGCUGUGACCUGUAUCAUGGAUGGUUUCGGUCCAAAGGUUUUGCGUGUGUUUAAGAGAAAGGAGUUGCUGGUGGUGGCUGUGUGCGCAGUGGGCUUUCUUCUGGGGAUUCCACAUAUCACCAGGGGUGGUAUAUAUGUAUUCCAGUUGAUGGACCACUACACUGCAGUGGUGUCCCUCAUGUUUCUGGCUUUUUUUGAGGUUCUGGCAGUCACAGUGAUCUUCGGAGUGCGGAGGAUAUGUGUAAUGGUGGAGAACAUGCUGGGGAGGACACCUCACCUUUACUUCCGUGUGUGCUGGCAGUUCCUUUCUCCUCUGCUGGUGCUGGGUAUUCUGAUCUCCAGCAUAGUCCAGUAUACCCCAGCACGCUACGGCAAGUCUUACACAUACCCACAGUGGGCCGAGGUACUGGGCUGGUUCCUCUCUCUCAUCUCCAUAGUCUGGAUCCCUCUGGGGGCUGCCCAUGAAAUCUGGAAAAAUAAAGGACCUUUGUUGCAGAGACUGAAGGUGGCAGUAACGCCAACGGUGGAUCUGGAGCCUCAGCGUGCCUUAUCCGAGAAGGAGGAAGGUCAGGCAGAGUCCAUUGCAUUGUUUGACACUUCCCAGUAAUGUGUGUGUGUCAUAUAUUACAUUUUCCUCAUAUACACCAUACUCAAUGUAGUGUUAACAUUAGGUUUCAUGAUUAACAUCAGAAAUGUACUGUGUUUAUAAGCAAAUCAUAUCCUUUACAUGGGUUUACCUCAGCACUGACCAAAGUCACAACUGGCCUCAGAUCUUUACUGAUUAAGAAUUAAAACACGGAGCCAGUUGUUCAUGUGUGCAAAAGAAUAAAAUACAAAUGGCACAGAAUAUAGAAUACUUUACUUUUUAUAAUCUUUCCCAAUGUUUAAGCGUGUAAUCUCAGACAAAUAUAUAAUGAGAUGUAGUGCAUAAUUUGUAUAUAUAAAUUAUGCACUACGUUUAUACGUUGCAAAUGCAAUACCCUGUUUGUUUGUUUGUUUGUUUGUUUUGUACACUGAGUACACUGGAGGAUGUAAAAUAAGCCUAACUUGUGCUACCCUUGAGUCACUACUUUAGUCUCUGAACUGCACCAUGAUCAAUUUUCUUGAAAUGUAAUGCUGCAUUUUGUUAAAACAUAUAUUGUUAAAUUUCCCCAGUUGAAGACUUCGGCUAGGCAGAUGUAAUGCUGAAUGUUUGUUGCAUUGUCUAGUUAAUGACUUGGCUAUCUAACAAACUAAUUUAAUACUGCAGACAUUCCAAGUUAAAUAUACCUAGCCGAAGUCAUUAGCUGGGCAAAUUUAAUUAUAUGUGAUAACAGAAUAAUUGUAACAUGAAAUUAGCUAGCUCGCUAUGUCUUUUAACUGUGCAAAUGUAAAGCUACAAACAGUCAGCCUAACUUGUGUACAGCUAGCUAUAAAUAUUAUACAAAGAUGUGUAAUUUUGCACCAACUUGUUUAACCCUCCCAUCAUGUUCUGGGUCAGAAUUUACCCCAUGGUUCAGAAUGUUAGUUGAGAAUGCAGAGAGGGAAUCAGAGUGUAGAUAAAGUUUAUUACAAUUUGUUUAAAGGUUUUACACACACACACACACACACACACACACACACACACACACACACACACACACACACACACACACACACACUCACAGAGAGAGAGAGAGAGUUCAUACAAUCAGAAACGAUAAAGGUGAUACAGUUUGUAGUAUUUUUGUAGCAAAUACUUAUCUAGCUAGCUAGCUAAUUCUACGGUCAUUCCUUCAGACUCCUGCACAGUGAGUCUGCCUUCUCCCACUUCAAGGGAUUGAAUUCCGCAUGCUGCUAAAAGAACGUUUGCAAAAGGGGCAUUUUUUAAAAUUCAAUAUGUAAUUAUAAAUUUUCCAAGAAAUCUGGUAUUUUCAUUCCCAGCCAUUUGACCUUCUCUGUAAACAAAACCUCUUGCACCCCAUGGUGCUUGGAUGGCGAUAAUUGCUGCUUGCAACUAUAUUUUGCAUUUGCAUUU